GAUAACAUGGCUCCGUAGUGGCCCGCGCGGCAGGUCCUAACCGUUACUGCGAGGUGAAUGACAGAGCGCCGGCGCGUUGCCCGGGGUUUCUGAGGAGAAAGACACAGAGACGGAAAGCGCGCGGCGGCAGAGGAUCUUCUGUUUAAAAGGAGUGAAGUUCUAAUCUCAAGUCUUUGAAUGAAAGUCUUGUUUACCCCUGGCAACUGAAGAUGAUGUUACUAUGGAAACAUCUUUUUCUACAAUCAAUCAUGGGCUGCCUGGCAGCCUUCUUGGAAGACACUGUGUUCCGUGGGCCCAAGUGGAGGGUCGAACCCAGCGAUGUCACCCUCCCUGCUGAUGCCCCAGACCAGGAGGCUGUGCUCUCUUGUCAAGCAGUGGGCUCUCCCACACCACAGUACAGGUGGUCCCUGAACGGAACGCUAAUCGAUUUCAGCACCGAUGACCGACGUCGGCUCUCGGGAGGCGACCUGAUCAUAAGGCGGCCGGAUCGAACCCGGGACACGGGGAUAUACCAGUGCAUAGCCACCAACGCAGUGGGAACUGUUCUGAGUAGCAAAGCGAGCCUGCAGUUUGCGUACAUUGAGAAUUUCAAGACACAGACAAGGAACGCUGUCUCUGUUCGAGAGGGACAGGGCGUUGUUUUGUUGUGCGGACCUCCUCCUCAUUCUGGAGAACUUACCUUCACAUGGGUCUUCAACGAGUACCCGUACUUUGUCCAGCAAGAUGCACGCCGUUUCGUGUCCCAGGUGACAGGAAACCUGUACAUCGCCAAGGUGGAACCGUCAGACGUGGGUAACUACACCUGUGUGGUGAUCAACAGUGUCACCAAAGGCAAAGUUCUCAGCUCACCCACGCCACUGGUGUUGAGAACGGAUGGAGUGAUGGGUGAAUACGAGCCCAAAAUAGAAGUUAAUUUUCCAGAGACUGUUCCGGCUGCAAAGGGAUCAGUGGUUAUGCUGGAAUGCUUUGCCCUCGGAAACCCAGUCCCUGAGAUCACCUGGAAGAGAACCAACGGUGUGCCGUUUCCCAGCAAAGUGAAAAUGCAGAAGUCCAAUGCCGUCCUGGAGAUCCCUAGCGUCCAACAGGAGGACACAGGGGGCUACGAGUGCAUGGCUCAGAACAGCAGGGGCAAGAACGUAGCUCGUGGGCGCCUCUCCUUCCACGCAAAACCACAAUGGAUCCAAACUAUGAGGGACACUGCUCUGGCCAUUGAGGAGAAGCUGUUCUGGGACUGCAAGGCCACUGGAAAGCCAAAACCUUCAUACAGCUGGCUCAGGAACGGGGAGCCACUAGCUGUGGAGGGAAGAGUGCAAGUAGAAAAUGGAGCAUUAUCCAUAUCAGCACUGAACCUCUCUGAUGCUGGCAUGUAUCAGUGUGUGGCUGAGAACAAGCAUGGCACCAUCUACUCCAGUGCUGAGCUCAUGGUGUUAGCCUCGCCCCCCGACUUUAGCCGGAAUCCGCUGAGGGCUCUGCUGAAAGCCAGAGCUGGCAGUGAGGUUGUACUGGAGUGCCGGCCACGAGCCUAUCCCCAGGCAAUUACCCUGUGGAAGAAGGGCAAUGAGAUUGUGCACAGGAGUGAGAGAAUUUUGUUGCUUCCUGGUGGCACCCUGAAAAUUAUCAAUGUAACGAAGUCUGACGGCGGGAGCUACACCUGUGUGGCCAGGAAUCAGUUUGGGACAGCAAGCACCAUUGGGAGGCUACUCAUCACAGAGCCCACAAGAAUCACCCAGCGGCCGACUGACAUGGAGAUCAUUGUGGGCGAAAGCAUUGUACUGCCAUGCCAGGUGAGCAGCGACCCAACCCUUGAAGUCUCCUUCUCCUGGGUGUUCAACGGACAGCCCAUCGACUUCCUCCAGGACCGGGGUCACUUCGAGAGAGUGGGAGGGAUGGUUGCAGGGGAUCUGAUGAUUCGAAAUAUCCAGCUUGGCCAUGCUGGAAAGUACAUCUGCAUUGUUGACACAGAUGUGGAGAGCUUGUCAGCCACAGCCAUUCUGAUUGUGAAAGGUCCCCCUGGCCCCCCGGGCACAGUAACGGUGGAGGAAAUCACGGAUAGCACUGCCCAGCUCUCCUGGAAGCCAGGCAGGGACAACUACAGCCCCAUUACUGGAUACGUGAUCCAGGGCAGGACUCCGUUCACUGUGGGCUGGCAAGCCUUGGACACGGUCCCUGAAGCGAUUGACGGCAACACUCUGACGGCCACCGUGGUCGGUCUAAACGCCUGGGUCGAGUACGAGUUCCGCGUAGUGGCUAGUAAUGCCGUAGGGGUGGGAGAGCCCAGCCCUCCAUCUGUCAAGACCAGGACAGAGGAUGCCGUCCCUGACACAGCCCCCACUGACGUCGGAGGUGGAGGAGGUACCAAGUCCGAGCUGGUCGUAACCUGGGAGCCUGUGCCCGAGGAACUGCAGAACGGCGACGGUUUCGGUUACAUCAUCGCCAUCCGCCCCGUGGGCGGGGUCACCUGGACCCGUACCGUCAUGUCCACGCCGGGAGUGGCCAGAUAUGUCUACCGCAAUGACAGCAUUCCGCCCUUCUCCCCUUUCGAUGUGAAGGUCGCCGCCUUCAACAGCAAGGGAGAGGGCCCGUUCAGCUCAAUAGCCGCCGUGUUCUCGGCCGAGGAAGAGCCAAGCUUAACGCCUGAGGGGGUUCUGGCCAGGAGUAUUUCUGCAUCGCAAAUUGAAGUUAUCUGGCGGGCGCUCUCCUCGUCUCCGGAGAGAGUCCUUGGAUACGAGGUGGUGUACUGGGAAGACGACACCAAACCCGACACGGUGGGGAAAGUGAGAGUAGCUGGGAAUCAGACCUCCGUCAACAUCAGCGGCCUGACAGCAAACAGCCAGUUCUUCCUCGCGGUGAGCGCCUUCAACACCGCCGGUGCCGGGCCGGCCUCCCCGUCAGUCAACGCCACCACAAAGAAGGCGCCUCCAGGACAGCCCCCGCUGAACGUGGAGUGGACGCUAAUUGGCUCCCAGCUCACCCUGCACUGGGACCCUGUGAUAGCUCUGGAAACCGAGUCAGAGGUCACGGGAUAUGAAGUGUUGUACAGAAGACACAGACACAAUGACGUGAAGAUCUUCACCACCAACAAGACCUCAAUGGAUCUGACCCUCCCAGCCAACGAUGACUAUCUCAUCCAGAUCAGGGCCCUGAGUGAAGGAGGGGAGGGUGUGACCACAGAGCCCAUCCGAAUUCACAAAUUAAGUAUGAGCGCGCAAGGAUCAGCAGCGUGGCGUCCGGGCAACGUUGCUGCAUCCCUGGUCCUGACCAUUUCGUUGUCCACACUCCGGAGCGCUUUGUGACAUCACGACCGACCCGCUCUGGCUUCUUCUAGUCAACACAAGUGCUGCCGGUGUCUUUAUCCCAUGCAGCGAGUGCAGCCUCCGGCAGGUUUGAGUGCAGAUGCGUACCUGUUGAAGUUACAGCAGAAUCUUUCCGACGCCCAGUGGCGAGCAUGACCAAAGGGGAUAAUCUGUAUCGUAAACGCGAGGAGAAAAAAAUUGUUUGGACUUGUGUGCAUGUUGUUCUACUGCUUAUCGUUUUGUGGCACGAGUGCCAAGCGGUUAUGAAACUGUUGCAGGAUGUUUGUAUGUUUGUAUACAUACUUCCACACGGGA